UACUUCCGGUAUGUGUGCGUUACGUCACCGAGUGAAACACCAUGCCGUGUGGUUCCUGGUCGUUUACAGUAUUUCUACUAAGUGACCGGAAAUGAGUUCUCAGAAAGGCUCUGGGUCUCGAGCUCGAGCUCAAAAAUUUCAAAACGCCACCGCUUUUAAGAAUGAUAAAUACGGCGCGAGUCCUCAAGUCAAGAAAGCCAAUGCGAAGGUUCAUGAUGGAGUGUGUCAGCGCUGUAAAGAAAUCCUGGAGUGGAAGGUCAAAUACAACAAGUACAAGUCCCUCACGCAACCUCGCAAAUGUGUCAAGUGCCUGCAAAAGACGGUGACGGAUGCGUAUUACGUCAUGUGUAGGUCGUGUGCACUCCAGCUGCAGCUGUGCGCUAAAUGUGGGAAAAGCGAAGAAGUGGUUAUUCCGUUGGACAAAAAGGAAGAAGUCAUGGAGGAAGAAGAGCCAAAAGGGAACAGGAGGAGGAAAAAGGGAGACGCUCAUGAACCUGACGAGGAGGACGAUUUGGACGAUUUCGGUGAACUGGACAGCGAUUGUGAAUCUGAGGAGACUGAAAAAUAAGAUGUCGUCACGUCCAGUGGAAAUGUAAUUCGGUGUCACACAGAUGAGGACUCAUGAACCCUGAACAUGGCGUCUCGCUAUAGCAGAGCUGAAAGACUUAAAGACUUGUGUAUUUUGGGGUAUGCUUUUGUACAACGCAUCUUAAAAGUGCCUAAAUCCACACACAAAGCUGAGCAGUUCAGAGUUAAAGGGAUGUGCCCAGAGAUGCACCAGUGAUGGGGGAUUUGAUCUCACAAUUUCUCCAUCGCUAUUGCAGGGCUACUUCCUUUUUUUUUUUUUUUUUUUUUUACUCGGCUUAAAUAUUCUGUAUAUUGUUAUUAUUAAAAAUACCCAUUUCCAUUUGAUUUCCAACUGAUUUUAAGAUUAUUUUUCUUCUUCUUUUUUUAAUUGUUAGUAGUAGAAGUUUAAUGUUUUGCCAGUAGAAUGUUCAAGAGAUUCCAACUGAAAGAAUAUGAAAAAUGUUUUAUAACAAAACAGAAAUACCAAACUUUUCAUUGAAAGAAAUCAAAUAAAAAAGAAGGCUUAAUUAUGGAAGGCAUUUCAUCCAGGGAGUUCUAGCAACUCUUCCAAUACCCGGUACUUGGUUGCUAUCUGAUGGUUGGGGAUCUCUGUUUUUAAGGUAUUUAAAGUCUAUAUUUAAAUUACCAUACAAAAUAAAAAAUGUGUAAAAAGUGUA